AUGUUACUUCCUUCGUUAGUCGCCUGCUUUGCCUUGGCUUCUGCCAUCUCCCUUGAACCUCCCUCAAAUGGUAAUACUAAGCUGAAUACGCCACAGGUGAACGCCAUCACUUUUGAAAAUUUGGGUUACACCGGGUAUUACUAUAAUGUCAAGGAGCUUGACGAUUCGGAUGACUGCAAAUGUAAGUUGCAGAAGAAUUUCCAGGUCUUUGAAGGUACCAAUACUCCAUUGAACGAGGAGCUUUCGGUGCAUUUCCGUGGUCCUUUGAAACUUCACCAGUUUGCCUUUUACUCGGGCGAUUCUUUUGUCAAGGGAAGCUCUCUGGGCACAUUUGAAAGAAAGGCUUACUAUAGUGCCCUGGAUAAUACCGGUGACAAUGUGACGUUCUUGACUAACGCUGGUAAGAGCUCCAAGUGUCUCGGUAAAGCAUUGACAUAUGCGUCUUCCAAUGGUACUGAAGAAGCCGAUUCAGCUACGCUUCUUGAAGAUGAUGUUUUGCUUCACUCGGACCAGGAAUACCUGAUCUUCUCAUCCACCAAAUGUGAAAAGCUGGGUACCGAUAAAGACUGUGGUGUCUAUAGAAAGGGCAUUCCUGCUUACCACGGGUUCGGCGGUACGGUGAAGAUGUUCUUGUUUGAGUUUGAAAUGCCCACCGAGCCAAACAAGAAUAACUCCAACAUCUUCUAUGACAUGCCAGCCAUUUGGCUCCUCAAUGCUAAGAUCCCAAGAACGUCCCAAUACUCGAGUAACCCCAACUGUUCAUGUUGGAACUCGGGAUGUGGUGAGUACGAUAUUUUCGAGGUGAUGAACUCUACAGAGUCAAAUCACUUGUUCUCCACCAUUCACGACUACCAGGGCACUGACAAUAUCAACCUUGGAAUGGCUGCAAAGGGCCACUUUGCUAGAGACUUGGAUAACAAGAUGGUUGGCGGUGUUGUAUUCGACAAUGAAGGGAAUGCUGUAUCUUUCUUGCUGAACUCGACUAGUCUCGAUUCCGAGAUUGGUGCUUCCACUUUGAACAAAUGGAUUGACACAAACAGGGAGGUGGAAGAUCAGUUGGAGAGCGUGACAUUGAACACCAGCCAGAAGAAAUCCGAAGGUAUUGUUCCUUCGACGAACUUCAUGGCCUGGCUUGUUUCUGUAUUCCUGGUUUUCAUGUAUCUUUAG